UCACACACAGCUGUCUCUAGUUUCUGGACAAGUCAAAUUAUCCAGAAUAAUCUUGAUCUGCACUCAAAUCCCAUUUGAAAUAAGCUCGCUCAUGAUACACAAACAGAUGUAUUAGUUUUCACUUCAUUCCUAUUGUUGUUUGCACUGAUACAAAUAUUUCUAUAGUAAAGUGCAGUCAAGGUCAUCGUAAUUAUUUAGGUCACUGGGUCAUAUUACAGCAGCCAUGCUUUACUCGACAUGCACAUCAGUUCAAGGUCUGCAUUCUACAGCAAUGUAGGUUUACUAUAUGAACCGAAGGGGAAGGUGACCUUGGUGCAGGCUAGGGGUGUGAAUAUUGUGGAUAUGUUACAGGUAUAAUUUACCUACACGGAGAUACAUGUGAGAAUCCACCGCAUAAUAGUGAAAAUGCUCUCUGUGAUAGCGACUCUUAUUUUGAUAGUGCCCCAGUUCAUAGACGGACACACCAUUGGGGCUAUAAUCUACCCUGGAAAAGGACAAUUUGUUAAGGCUCAAAACUUGCUGAAAGAGCUGAAAGCCAGAGGCAACGAGGUCUACAUCAUUGUAGGGGACAAUGUAGAAAUAGAAGAUCUUCAUGAUCCAGAAAUCAAUCUGCUGCAGUUUAAAUCCAGAGAAACACAUGGGUAUUUCGAGGCAGCAGACUGGCAAAGGGGGCACACACUCAGUGUCUUGUCUCAAUCGCCCGGGGUAAAACAAACUGGAAUCUUUGACAUGGUCAACACUUUUUCCAACUUAACAGAACACUUGUUUAACUACACUGAGGACAUGCUGAAGGAUGAGGCACUGUACCGCCACCUGGAGGACGUUCUGACAAUGGAUCUCAUGCUUAUGUAUGGUUAUCCUUUCUGGCCUAGCGCAUAUGUGUUUCCAUACAGGCAUGGGAUUCCCUACGUCACCCUGACCACAACACAACUCCAUCUCUACGCUGGCGUCCCAGUAAGCAUCAUGCCAUCCUAUGUGCCAAAUCAGGGCUUCAAAUGGUCUAGUAAAAUGAAUUUUUUCGAAAGAGUUUUCAACUUUUGCCUGCAGACUAUCUUGCCAGCUAUCGUGUUGCCUGAUAUUCCCAAACAAUUUUGCGAGGAGCAUGUGCGCAACAAGCAACCGAGAACUUUCAAGGAGUUUCUGCGCGGAUCGGAGCUUUGGCUACUGACGGGAAAUAACUUUGUCAUGGAAGACCCCCUUCCCAGCUUGCCCAAUGUUGUCUUCAUGGGGGGUAUGGACACUCGUCCGGCUAAAGCUCUCCCAGACGACUGGGACAACUUCAUGAACCAGGCCCCCUAUGGGGUCAUCAUAGUCUCCUUUGGGUCAAUAUCCUUCCAACUGACCAAUGAAAUCUAUAAGAAGUUCUACAUGGCUUUUCGCGGUAUACCCUACAGAGUGGUGUGGAAAUACAAAGGCGAUUUGCCAUUACGAGAUGUGCCCAAUGACAUACGCCUGGAGGAAUGGAUCCCUCAGAAUGAUCUACUCGGUCACUGGAAUACAAAACUGUUUAUAGGGCACGGAGGCAAUGAAGGUCAAUAUGAGUGUAUGUAUCAUGGAAUUCCAAUGAUCAACUUUCCAGUAUACGGAGACGAGAUACAUAAUGCUGAGAGAGUCCAAAGCAAAGGUUUUGGUCUUACAAUGGACAUUGCAACCUUCACACCUGAAGAGCUCAUUGAUAACAUUGACGAAAUGAUGUCCAAUGACAGUUACAGAGCAGCUAUCAAAACAGCAUCUGCUAUUUUUCGCGAUUUUCCUUUAACGCCCCAGCAGACUGCAGCCUACUGGAUCGAACAUGUCACAAAAUUUGGUAGCUCCCACUUACACUCUGUUGCCGAAUAUCUCCCUUGGUAUCAGUACUUCAUGUUGGAUGUCAUAGGAUUUCUUUUUGCGGUGGCUUUCAUUGUGUGCUUUGUUAUAUCAAAUUUUGUAUUUUAUUACUAUUAUAAAUAUUGUGCGAGAAGGACUCUGUACAUGCCUUUGUCACCUGACAAGAAAAAUAAUUAAAAUGGAGUAAAAAAUGAUUCAGAAGUACCUGAUAUUUUUGUAUACUGCUGAACAUAUUGUUGUUUUUGUUUCCAAAAUGGUAUUAUUACUUGAAAAAAAACAA